CAGCAGCCCACGCGGCGGGCGGGAGCCGGGGCCUGUGAGGCGGCGUCGUAGGAGGCGAAGCGGCACGGUCGCAGCAGCAGUGGAGGCCGCGGGUUCCGCAGGAGCCGAAAUUGGGGGAGAGUUUAACCAUUUGCGACAAAGACAAGGUGUUUAAGAGCUGAGAACCACAGUUAAUAGGAGACUUUCACAAGAAUUGUUUCCUGAUUUCAUAAUUGGAGAAGCUGAAACAGGGACAGGUUACUGUUGAGGGGUGGAAGGUGUGAGUGCGUGUUCCAGCAGCCAGAAUAGCAAGGACUACACAGAACAAAAAGAAGUGUCUUAAUAUGGAAAUAGAUGAAUCAGAUGCAGUAAUUGAACUCAACAACUAAGCUUCAUGUUAGUCCCUAGAAAACCAGUGACUAAAUAAGGCUGGAUUGAUUAUCCUUACCUCAGUGCUGCAAAGACAUAUCUGAAAUAUUUCCUUCUAAGUGCUGCUGCUUGCAAGCAUUUACACGGAACCCAAAAGGAAUGACUGUUGGAGAUACUGCAACUCCACUCUCACUUGGCCCCCGGGUGUAACUGAAGGGAGCUUUCAAAGAUGUCGAAAACUAACAAAUCAAAAUCUGGAUCCCGCUCGUCUCGUUCAAGAUCUGGAUCGAGAUCACGCUCCCGGUCCUUCUCCAAAUCCCGUUCCCGCUCCCGUUCUGUCUCACGAUCAAGAAAACGCAGGCUCAGUUCUAGGUCCCGUUCAAGAUCAUAUUCUCCGUCUCACAACAGAGAAAGGAACCACCCAAGAGUGUAUCAGAGCCGGGAUUUCAGAGGUCAUAACAGAGGGUACAGGAGACCAUAUUAUUUCCGUGGGCGGAACCGAGGAUUUUAUCCAUGGGGCCAAUAUAACCGAGGAGGCUAUGGAAAUUACAGGUCAAAUUGGCAAAAUUAUCGCCAAGCCUACAGCCCUCGCAGAGGGCGUUCCCGCUCUCGAUCGCCAAAGAGAAGGUCUCCAUCACCAAGAUCAAGAAGCCAUUCUAGAAACUCUGAUAAGUCAUCUUCUGAUAGGUCAAGGAGGUCUUCGUCUUCCCGGUCUUCCUCGAACCACAGCCGAGUUGAGUCUUCCAAGCGUAGGUCCAUAAAGGAAAAAAAAUCCUCUUCCAAGGACACGCGGGCAUCACAGGCUGCAGGAGAUAAUCAAGGUGAUGAUUCGAAGGAUCAGCCAUUUUCAGGAGGAGCUACUCAAGAUGUCAAGGUGUCUGAGGGGUCAAAGCCAUGGCAAGACAUGACCACUUACAGCACAAGUUCAGUGUCAAGAGUGUCUGCCGUGCCUGAGCUUAGCCCAAGAGAGCGCAGUCCUGCGCUAAAAAGUCCUCUCCAGUCUGUUGUGGUGAGGCGCCGUUCUCCUCGGCCAAGUCCAUUGCAGAAGCCCAGUCCUCCACUGUCAAACCCCUCACAGCUGGGAUCUGUUUUACAAAGCAGUGCCUCAUUUCAGACAGGCUCACAUCAGGGUCCAUUUGACCAUGGUUCAUCAGGAUUGAGCCCAACGAGGAAGAGUCCUGUGUGUAAAAGUCCCACGGCAAUCGGUUCAAUUUAUGGUGCCUCACAGAAGGAGGAAGCAGCAGCUCCUGGCGGGGCAGCCUUUUCAAAGAGGUAUUUGGAAGAACAGAAGACUGAGAAUGGGAAAGACAAGGAACAGAAACUAACAAAUGUUGAAAAGGAAAAAAUGAAAGAGAAGGGAGGCUUCUCUGAGUUGGGUUUAGCAGAUGGCAAGACGAAAUCAGAUCUGUACACCUCCAAAACUGACCCUGAAAAGCCUUAUCGCAGCAGCCAGUCUCCUAAACGCUAUAAGUUUCGGGAUGACUUUGAGAAGCUGAAAAUGGCUGAGUUCCACAAGGAAGGUCAUUAUGGCAAAGAGGAGAUGGAUGAGCUGGAUAAGAAAGACAAGGCCAAGGGCCGAAAGGAUUCGGAGUUUGAUGAUGAGCCCAAAUUCAUGUCUAAAGUGGUAGCAACCUCCAGCAAAAAUCAGGAUGAGGAUAGACCAGGUAAAUGGGAAGGCGUAGUGUUCUUACCAUCUGCAAAGGAGAAGCAAAGGAAAGCUGAGGAAAUGGAGGAGGAUCCCUAUUCUGAAAGAUCUAAAAAGGAAGACAAGCUAGCAUCCAAGAGAGCAGAAGCUGGUCACAGGGGGUUUGUUCCCGAAAAGAAUUUUAGAGUGACUGCUUACAAAGCAAGUCAGGAAAAAAGUACUUCACCACCUGUGAGAAAGGCCUCUGAGAGUCGGGAAAAGCUUGGAACCAGAGGAGAUGGUUUAGCCACUGGCAAAUCCUCCUUUUCCAUUACCCGGGAGGCCCAGGUCAAUGUCCGAAUGGAUUCCUUUGAUGAAGAUCUUGCACGUCCAAGUGGUUUAUUGGCACAGGAGCGGAAGCUAUGUCGUGACUUAGUGCACAGCAACAAAAAAGAGCAGGAGUUCCGCUCCAUUUUCCACCAUAUACAGUCAGCUCAGUCUCAGCGAAGUCCUUCAGAAUUGUUUGCUCAGCACAUAGUGACUAUAGUCCAUCAUGUAAAAGAGCAUCACUUUGGGUCUUCAGGAAUGACACUGAACGAACGCUUUACAAAAUACCUAAAGAGAGGAAUGGAGCAAGAUCAAGCUAAAAACAAGAAGAGCCCUGAAAUCCACAGGAGGAUAGAUAUUUCUCCCAGUACUUUCAGAAAACACGGAUUCGCUCCAGAGGAAAUGAAGAGCACCAGAGAGCCAGGCAACAAGAGUGAAGGGAAAUAUAAAGACGACCCAGUUGACCUGCGCCUUGAUAUCGAACGUCGUAAAAAACAUAAGGAAAGAGAUCUUAAACGAGAGAAGUCGAGAGAAUCCGUGGACUCAAGAGAUUCAAGCCAUUCAAGGGAAAGAUCGACUGAGAAACCAGAGAGAAGUCACAAAGGGUCAAAAAAGAAGAAACACAGGAGAGUGCGUGAGAGAUCCAGGUCCACUUCUUCAUCUUCACCAUCUUCUCGUUCGUACAAAGGGGAGGACUAUCCAGAGGAGAGCGAGGAGAGGGAGGAGUGUACCACAGGCUUUGACAAAUCCAGGCUUGGGACAAAAGAGUUUGCUGGCCCAAAUGAGAGAGGAAGAGCUAGAGGGACCUUCUUCAGAGCAAGGGGGAGAGGAUGGAACAGAGGCACCUUUUCGGGAAACAAUAACAACAACAACAGCAGCAGCAGCAAUGACUUUCAGAAGCGAAACAGGGAUGAGGAGUGGGACCCAGAGUACACACCCAAGAGUAAAAAGUAUUAUCUGCACGAUGACCGGGAGGGUGAAGGUGGUGAGAAGUGGGUGAAUAGAGGCCGAGGCCGGGGUUCCUUCCCCCGCGGGAGAGGUCGUUUCAUGUUCAGAAAAUCGAGCACUAGCCCCAAGUGGGCCCACGACAAAUUUAGUGGAGAAGAGGGAGAAAUUGAGGAUGAUGAAAGUGGAACGGAGAAUCGAGAGGAAAAGGACAACCUACAAUCAGCUGCUGACUAGCCAGGGAGUCUGCAUGUCCCUGGGCACCCUGGCAAGGAGAAAGAGGAUCUUGCAAGGCAGUGUUGGAGUCUCUGCCAGGGUAAUGCUGAAGUGCUGAACAGAGCUCUGCCAAGGAGCUUUGAAAUUAUCUUAAGUUAACUGCAUUUUUAAAACUCAGCCUCCGUACAUGUGGACUGGGACUGAUCACUUAUAUUCGGAUCCACUCUUGGAGUAUAUCUUUCUUCCCAAAGACAUUACCUGCUGGCCUGAAUAAGGUCCAAUAUCGAGUGUGAUCAUAAAUUUUGUCUCUUGUUUGUGACCUUAUUAGAUGGUCAGAUAUUUUUUUGGCAACAGUCUUUGAAGACGGUGUGGAUUUCAGUUUGUGCCCAGCUUAACCCAGUAUCUUGACAUUUUUUGUUUCUCUUAUAAUUUGAGAUGAUAAAGGUGGGGAUUAACUCACCUGCUUAUUUUUCUCCCCUCUUGUGUAUUUUGUUUUUUAAAUUCAUAUUCUACUUAUUUUAGGCCUUUGCAUAUGUAGUAACACCAAUUAAAGAUGGCUAAUUUUGGAAACUAUUUUUGGUUCUUAUAAGAAAACAAGCACGUGAAUAAACAUCUAAAUGUUAACUUGGAGUUGGGACCAAACUGCUAUGAUUAUUUUUAAAAACUAAUUUUUGUAUGUAUCAGUUGAGUUUAGAGCCUUUUUAAAACCACCAUAUUUUUUUCUUUUUUGCUGAAAGUUAUAGUUAGCAUGGCAAAAAUGCACCCUGCUCUUCACCCAUUUUAGUGUGUAUGCCGCUAGACCUGGUCCUUGUGUGCUGGAAUCCCAAGCUGCUUGUAGGCAUUGUGUGUAUCUUCUUUGCAGCUGGUUGUGAACUUGAAUGUUCUUUCCAGGGUAACAUAGUUUUCUAAGAAACUGCUGAAUUCUAGGUUAAAAUAUAUAAAAGGAGAAGAAUUUUUUCAAUAUUUUUAUUAAUCUUUUUCUAAAACAAAAAAAGCAAAUCCCUCCUGUGCUGGCUAAGGAAAGUUGUGGUUUCAUUUACCUUCAGCUUUACAUUUACAAUGUUCUGAAGAGAUUUAGCAAAUAGCUCUGUGGUUGGUGAGCCUGUAGGGAGGAGAGGCCCGUUCAUGCACAGGUUUAGUGUGUGCACAUGUUGUAAAAAGACAUCAGCCUCUUCCCCCCUCCAUCUCUGCCUUCCCCAGGAUUGCUGUGCGCCCCCCCCUUCCCCUCCCCAUCACCUGCUAACUAUAGUUUGUUUGACUUGAACAGUUCCUGUUUAGUAAACCCCUAAAGUUUGUUUCAACUCCUCAUGCAAAUAAAAAUACAAUAAAAUAA